CGGAUAUCAACACUGAAGUCGGCUAAUGAAGUGUGUUUUGGUGCAUUUCAGCCUGAUUAUCGGCAUCUGCGGGGAUGUGAAACGUUUAAUAACACAACGAUAGAAGUCGGCGCGGCCUCACAAAAAUUUAACCAUGAGUAGCCGUAGAAAGAGGGCCCCUCCUGUGAGGGUGGAUGAAGACGCCAAAAAGAAGUUGAACUGGAACAUGCUGGACGACCGGAAAACUGAGUUGAUCCAGGAGGGUGAUGACCAGACACCAACCUGCUCCGUUCUGCCUAUCGACCCCACUCCCAGCAGCUCCUUCCGCUCCGUCAGUGAGGACGUCUCAGAGGCCGCUUGUACUCGCUCUGUCCAGUUUGUAGAGGAACUGCCUGGCACGUCAUCGGACUGCACCUCUGCCUCAGCCUCUUUGGCACUCAGUGUGCUACCAACUUCGAAGCUGAGCCACAUAUGGAAGGCGCUCAUCGGGGAGUUCAGCGUCCGGCCAGCUUGGCUCCCAUCUGACUGUGAACAAAGAGCGUUCACGCUCCACAGGAUGGGUGACCAACUCUGUGUCAGUUACAGCAGCUGUGAUGAGAGCUCGGGGCUGCAGUGGAAACCCGAUGAGGACACUUGCACGGUGGAGUGCAGCCUCACGAGGAUCCCACUGGAGGACCUGGACUGGCUACAGAAGAGGAGGGUGGUGCAGCUCUGUCACCAAGAAAAAGAGGAGUCACUCAGGGUCGGGAUUUACUUAGUGGAAACUGGGCUCGGGAAACCAGAGUUUCUCAGUGAGGGAAGCGCUCGAUUUAAGAAAGCAAAUCAACUAAUGCAGAAGUUAAUGGAGUAUUUCUACGACUUUAUUAUCCCUGAAGUGGUGGAGAAUGAAGAGGAGGAAUGUGAUACUGACCUGGAAAGGCAGAACGUCGAGGAGCUCUAUGAUUACGUCAGGCAUCUGCACCAGACAGAGAGCCAGGAGGUGACCUAUGAAGUCCAACACAAAGCUCUCAUUCCUGUGCUCAGGCCCUAUCAGAGCCAAGCUGUCAACUGGAUGCUGAAUAGAGAGAAAUCCAGGAAUACCUCACCGAAAGAAGCAUCGCUGCAUUUCCUCUGGCGGGAGUUGGUCACUCUGUGUGGGAAGAAGUUGUUCUACAACCCAUUUACAGGCUGCUUAAUCCAGGAGUUUCCUCUGGCUGGUUUUGAGUGGCCCGGUGGGAUCCUUGCUGAUGAGAUGGGGCUCGGAAAGACGGUGGAAGUUCUGGCUCUCAUUCUGUUUCACACCCGGCAGGAUCUGGAGCAGGAGGCCCUCACCCUGCCUGUGGGAAAAUCUGUGAAUUACUUCGUACCUCCUCCUCCACUAGAAAGAAAGACAGUUGUCCACUGCAAGUCUGAAGCUCAACCCAAAAUAAAAAUAUCCUACCCAACUGUUCGUGUCAUGCUGCUCACCGCGAUAAAGGAAAUGAGAUCUGGUAAAGGAGCCUCAGUCAACGCCGUCUUCACCUACAUCCGUGCUACUUAUGGUUAUGACCUGUUAAAGAAUCGUAACCACAUCAGGAAGACGCUGACCAAGCUGAUAGACGAAGGCCUGGUCGACCGUGUCAAAGGCCGUGGUCUGGCUGGCUCGUUCAAGCUGGGGAAGAAAUAUAAAGAAACAAAGAAAACAGCAGCAGCAGCAUCUAAAGUUAAUUUAAAAACCACAGAGUGCUCGCCCCGGAAAACGUUUCAGCGACGAGCAAAGGAGAAAGCAGAAGCAGCUCUUCAAAGCUCACUAACAGAAGAUCAAACAGAUCCACCCUCGCCUACUUCUGACAGUCCUGCACCCCAGGAAACCGAAACCAAGACGGAAUGGGAUGAAAGUCUGAAUGAGAAAGCGGACCAGUCGGAUGAUACGCUGGAUAUUUCCACGACAACGUUACAGUCUCAGGAUAAAAGUGAGUCGGACACACAGGACAUGUCCAGAAUAUAUAAUGUAACUGAAGAAAAAGGAGAAGCUCUGCAGUCUGACUCACAGGAGGAGACAGAACCUCCCACCAGAGUGUCUGUCUGUCCUUUCAACACGCCGGACUACCGCUUUGAGUGCAUCUGCGGUGAACUGGGCAUUAUUGACUACAAGGCCCGCGUCCAGUGUAUGAACUGCCAGCUGUGGCAGCACGCAGACUGUGUGAACUACAAAAAGGAAAGCCUUGAAACUACUCCUUUCUACUGUCCCCACUGCCUGGUAGCCAUGAAACCUGUGUCCACCGGCGCCACCCUCAUCAUCUCCCCGAGCUCCAUCUGCCACCAGUGGGUGGAGGAGAUCAACCGGCACAUCAGGUCCUCCUCACUCCGAGUGCUGGUCUAUCAAGGUGUGAAGAAGCAUGGAUUCAUCCAGCCUCAUAUGCUCGCCGAGCAGGAUGUGGUCAUCACCACCUACGACGUGCUGCGGUCGGAGCUCAACUAUGUCGACAUUCCCCACAGCAACAGCAAAGAUGGACGCCGCUUCCGCAACCAGAAGCGCUACAUGGCAGUGCCCAGUCCUCUGGUGGCUGUGGAGUGGUGGCGCAUCUGUCUAGACGAGGCUCAGAUGGUUGAAUGUCCUACUGCGAAGGCUGCAGAAAUGGCUCUGCGUCUCGCAUCUGUGAACCGCUGGUGUGUCAGUGGUACUCCUGUCCAGAGAGGCUUAGAGGAUCUUUAUGGUCUCAUACUUUUCCUGGGAGUCGACCCAUACUGGGUAAAACACUGGUGGGACCAGCUGCUCUAUCGCCCUUAUCGUCGUGGAAACACUGAGCCGCUGUAUUACGUAGUUGCUCAACUGUUAUGGAGAUCGGCUAAAAAAGACGUAAUUGAUCAGAUCCAGAUCCCCCCUCAGACGGAAGAGGUGCACUGGCUGCACUUCUCGCCUGUAGAGGGUCACUUCUACCACCGUCAGCACGAAGUCUGUUCUCAGGACGCUCUGGUCAAACUCAGGAAGAUCUCCGACUGGAGCUUGAAACUUGGCAGCCUCGACCGCCGCACCGUCACCACCAUCCUGUGUCCUCUGCUGAGGCUGCGUCAGGCCUGCUGUCAUCCGCAGGCUGUGAGGGGGGAGUUCCUGCCUCUGCAGAAAAGCACCAUGACGAUGGAGGAGCUCCUGAAGUCUCUGCAGAAGAAAUGUCGAGUGGAGUGUGAAGAAGCUCACAGACAAUUGGUGUGCGCUCUCAACGGCCUGGCUGGAAUCCACAUCAUCAGAAAUGAGUUUAUAGAUGCGGUGGAGAUGUAUAGAGAAGUGCUUCGUUCAUCAGAGGAGCACAAAGGCAGGCUGAAGACGGAUUCAUUACAGAGGCUUCAUGCUACCCACAAUUUAAUGGAACUACUGCAAGCAAAGCAUCCUGGGAUACCUCCUACGCUGCGAGAUGACCGACUCAGUGAGGAGGCUGAGCAGCUGCGACAGCACUACAUGACCAAAUACAACUCUGAGGUGGCAGACGCCCAUCAGGCUCUUCAGCCGGUGCUACAAAACAUCAAAGAGCUGAAACGCAAAGUCAAGCUGAACAACCCCUGGUGGCUGGAUGUUAUUCAGAGAGCGGUCCGUUGCUCCAGCGACGACGAUCUGGUGUCUCGCGUCAAGAACGAGCUGACGUGCAGCUACAAACAACAAGCCCACAAGCUCUCCAUGGCUGACAAGUUUCGUGACGGCUGUGGUCUGCAGUUCAUCCUCACCACACAAAUGCAAGAUCUGAUGAAAUCCCAAAAGACAGUUCAGGAAGCGGUGAAGAGCCUCGAAGGUCCAGCUUCAAAAAAAGUGAUUGAUGAGGCCACCAUCUGUCACCUCAGGCCUAACAGACUGCCGCUCAAUAAUUGUGUUUUUUGCAAAGCAGAUGAACUUUUCACGGAUUAUGAGUCCAAGCUGUUUUCUCACACGGUGAAAGGUCAGACAGCCAUCUUCGAAGAGAUGAUAGAGGAUGAAGAAGGGUUAGUGGAUGACCGUCUUCCUACCACCAGCCGAGGUCUGUGGGCGGUCAGUGAGACGGAGCGCACUCUGAAGGCCAUCUUGUCCUUUGCCAAAGCUAAGCGGAUGGACCCGGACCUGGUGGAGGAGGGCAACACGUUCAUGGAGCUGUUUGAGAACUGGAAGAAGGAGUACAAGGUGCUGCACGAGUACUGGAUGGUUCUGCGGAAUCACGUGUCGGCCAUCGAUGAGCUGGGUAUGGCCACCGAGAGGCUUCGUGUGCGUCUGCCCGAUGAACCCAAGCCAAAACUGCUCCACAUCAUCGAGCCUCAUGAGGUGGAGCAGAACAGAGUCAAGCUUUUGAACGACCAAGCUGUGGCCAAGUCUCAACUCCAAAAGAAGCUCGGCCAGUAUUUGUAUCUCACAAAUCUGGAGAAGUCCCAGGACAAGUCUACUGGAGGGCUGAACCCAGAACCAUGUCCCAUCUGUGCUCGGCCCCUGGGCCAGGAGUGGGCCGUGCUGACUUGUGGCCACUGCUUCUGUAACGAGUGCAUCGCUAUCAUUGUGGAGCAGUACAGUGUGGGCUCGAGACGCCGGGCCAUCAAAUGUGCCAUUUGUAGGCAAACCACGUCCCACACUGAGAUCUCCUACGUGUUCACCACUCAGUCAUCCAGCCAGGACCAGGACAUCCCAGUCAAGGGAAGCCACUCUACAAAAGUGGAGGCAGUGGUGAGAACCCUGAAGAAGAUCCAAGUGACCGACCCGGGAGCCAAGUGUCUCGUCUUCUCCACGUGGCAGAGCGUCCUGGAUAUCAUCGCUAAGGCCUUAUUUGACAACAACAUGGAUUUCUCUCAAAUCAACGGAAUUCACAAAUUUCAGGAGAAUCUUAGUUCCUUCAAAUACGAAGACAAGAUCAAUAUUCUCCUCCUUCCUCUCCAUACGGGCUCCAACGGGCUGAACAUUAUCGAAGCUACUCACGUGUUGCUGGUUGAGCCGAUCCUCAACCCAGCUCACGAGCUCCAGGCCAUAGGAAGGGUGCACCGGAUCGGCCAAACCAGGCCAACAUUUGUUCACAGGUUCCUCAUCAAAUCCACCAUCGAAGAGAGAAUGCAAGCAAUGAUAAAAACAGUAGAGAAAAGUCACACCAGCACGGCCAUGAAGCACUCGGAGGCAGCCGUGCUGACAGUGGCUGACCUGGCCGACCUGUUUACUGAAGACACUGAACCUCUGGAGUGAAUGUAAACACGCUGCUGCAGAGAGACAAAAACACCGGCCGAGGAUACACAGGCAAAGACUGCUCACUCUGUACACCCACCGUGGUGACAGAAGCACUCUAAUUUUGCACAUUCCACUUUUUAUAUGUAUGCGCAUCAUGAAGUUAAAUGCAUUUCCAAAAAGAUAUUUUACCUAAUUUGACAACAGACUAAGAUGAAAUGUUUCUUAAUUGUAGUCAAGUUUUAAAACUCUUUGGAGUAUUUAUGUAUUUGGCUCACUUGUUGUCAUAGUUAUAGAUGGAAAGUUGUAACUACUUAAUACUUGAGCCGUUCAAGUAU